AACACAAAUACCUGCUGUAAAGUUACAGUGGGGCAGUACGGACGACACUGCAGCAGCAUUAAGCUCGAACAUAUGGGUAAAUAUUGCUGCUUCUUUUGCAGACAGUGACACAGUGGUAGUUAAAGCUAUCAGAAGCCAUUCUUUCUCUUCUUUAAGAGCCUAAUUAUAUCAACAUGCGAAUCAGCAAUUUAAGAGAGAAAAACCGUCCUUGCCAUUCUUUAAGAGCCUCAUAAAUAUCAAGCAUCUAAAUUUGUAAUCAUGAUUCGAUUAUCCUUGCUAUGACUAGCUGCAGAGCUUGUGGUUCUCGCUAUAGUGGAAGGUCACAUGACUAUCUGUGCAAACUUGUCUUUCUAUGCAGCACAAAACUGUAUUUUAUUGUUACUAAUUCCAAUUAGGAGGAGGAUUAGUUACAAAUUAGGUCCAAAUAUAUCUUUCUAUGCAAUGAAAUAUUGUACUCAGUAAGAAGGGGUGAUAACCAGCUAACCCAUCUUCUGUGAAGAAGAAAUUAGGAUUUGUAUCUUGAUUGAUAUAUAUAAUAGAAGAGUAGUUUCUUCUCAAGUCCGGUAUUAUUUAAUCCUCUGUCCAGUAAGGACAACCCACAAGUUAAAACAUGGCAGCAAGUACUGACAAUCGCUUCUAAUGAUAGCAUCUGUCUUAUUUUUCUUUAAAAAUUGUAGAUUUUUCUACUUGUGGUGUUUGUGAAGCCUGUAGGCUGAAAAGGGCUGGAACGUGAUGUCCAUAUUGAAGCAUUUUUAGGUGCCAUGAUUGAGUUAUAGCAUGUAUUUGAAGCAUGGCAUUACAAGAUUAUAGGAAAACGCUGGUAACAGUUCUUGUUCUGUUUUUACUUCCACACUCACAGCAAUUGCAAUCCUCACAAGCCAUAAUUCUACUAAGAAUUCAGAAGCUUCUUGAGUUUCCUAAGGCUUUGGACAGCCUUACUAAUGCCACCGACUUUUGCAGCCUUCAGCCCUCUGCAUCCUUAACCAUUGUGUGCAGUGGUGACACCAUAACUCAACUGUCUAUCGUUGGUGACAAGCCCUCUCUAGCUUCCUAUAAAAACAGUGGUACAUUUGCAGUUUCCAAGCAGACUUUAUCUCAGGCCUUUUCAGCAGAUUCAUUUUUCACUACAUUCACUAAGCUCUAUAGUUUAAAAUCCGUGUCCCUGGUAUCAUUGGGCAUAUGGGGUCCUCUAUCAAGCAAGCUGGAUCGCUUGUCCUCUCUAGAAAUGCUAAAUUUAACCUCAAAUUUCUUACAUGGAACCAUUCCAUACCAGCUCGGUCAGCUUAGAAAUAUGAAGACACUCGUACUGGACAAUAACAUGUUGAAUGGGAGUGUCCCAGAUUGGUUCAGCGCCCUUCCAAGCUUAGAGUUGUUGAGCUUGAAAAAUAACAACCUAAGUGGAUAUGUGCCAGAUUCUAUCAGCAGCAUACAGGAACUCAGAGUUUUAUCUCUACCAGGUAAUCAUCUGUAUGGGAACUUGCCUGAUUUCAGCACCAUGACAGGUCUGCAAGUUUUAGAUGUGGGAGACAAUGCACUUGGACCGGACUUCCCAACGCUUGGAAAAGGAUUGAUUUCGCUCUCCCUGAGGAAAAAUAGGUUCAGGUGUCACAUACCUUUGUAUGUAAGGACACUAAAUCAACUGGAAUACUUUGAUCUAUCUUUCAAUGCUCUAACUGGCUCACCUCCUUCCUUCCUAUUUUCUCUGCCAGCCAUUGCCGUCAUAAAUUUAGCAGGCAAUUCAUUAAGGGGGACUAUUCCUCACAACUUGUCUUGCAGUCAUACUCUCCGGUUUGUGGACCUUUCUGCAAAUCUUUUGACAGGACGGUUACCUUCAUGUCUAUUGACUAUUUCUGACGAAAAAACUGUCAACAUUGAAGGAAAUUGUUUAGUUACCAAUAUGCAGCCUCAACACAGUUAUUCUCAUUGUCAAGCCGCUCAUUUGUCCAAGGAAGUUCACAAAAGCCAGAAACAAAGAAACGUGAUUGUUUUUGUGGUGAUAGCUGCUGGCGGUGUUGCAGCUUUGUUGCUGCUGGUUUUGCUAGUUUGUGUGUUGAUUAGAUGGGUAAGGUACAAGAAAAGAUUUAGGAAGCUUCCAGGAAAGCUUGUUCCGGAGACUGCUUCAACAGGGAUAUCCUCAGAACUGUUAGUCAAUGCAAGGUAUAUAUCUCAGGGGAUAAAGCUGGGUCCACAUGGUCUUCCCCAGUACCGAUCUUUUGCUUUAGAGGAGUUAGAAGAAGCGACAAACAACUUUGAUGAGGCAUCACUGAUUGGUGAAGGCUUCUAUGGAAAGCUAUACAAGGGCAGAAUGGAGGAUGGAAAUUGGGUUGCCAUAAGGUGCUUGAAACUAGAGUGGAAACCAAGUGUGCAAAAUUUGAAGCUCCACAUGGAGCUCUUCGCAAAACUUAGACACCAGAAUUUGGUCAGCCUUCUUGGGCACUGCAUAGAUAGUGAAGUUGAUGGUUCAAACAUGAAAAAUGUGUUUCUCGUUUUUGAAUUUGUAUCUAAUGGAACUCUGCAAAGUCAUCUUUCAGGCAAUAUGCAAGAGGAGUGUUUAACCUGGCCACAAAGGCUGACAGCCAUAAGUGGUGUGGCAAGAGCCAUCCAUUUCUUGCACAUCGGGGUAGUACCUGGAGUUUUUAUUAAUAAUUUGAAAAUCACAAAUGUUUUGUUAGACCAGAAUCAUAUUGCAAAAUUGAGUGAUUAUGGAUUGCCAGGACUUACAAUCGAUGUCCUUGAAUUUGAGGCAAAAGUAGAAGGUCAUAAGUUCACACAAAAGGAGCCCACCUUUAUGAGCAGGAGGAAAAUGAUAGACAAAACAGAUAUUUAUAACUUUGGUCUCAUUUUACUGGAGACAAUUGCUGGAAGAUUUCCAACCAAGCAAAGUCAAGAAGUUUACAAAGUUCACGAGAUGGUGAACUUAAUGAGCAACCAGGACACAAGAAGCAACAUUGUUGAUCCUGCUAUUGUAAACACCUGUGUUGAGGAGUCACUGCAAAUUGUGGUAGACAUCGCUGCGAAAUGUCUUUCUCAAGAACCAGCUUCUCGUCCUUCCAUGGAAGAUGUCAUUUGGAACUUACAGUAUGCAGCUCAAGUGCAAGACACAACUGCAAGUGACUUGCAACCUGACGAGAAUACAUGACAUUUAUCUGGUCAGGUAACAGGUUGGUCCCACAUUUAAGCGUUGAGGUUUUAAUAAUCCUCAAUGUGGUGAGUAGAACCAAAUUUCAUGCUUUUGCUUACAUGCUAUGUCAACAAUAUCCAGCCUACGGAAUAGACAAACUGUAGGUAAUUGUAUGUUGUUUUUGGAGCUGACAAAAAAGAUAAUAUACUCCUCUGUUGAUUCAUAAUGAAUAACAAUAUGUAGCUAAUGGCUUGCAAGUGGUGCCUUCUUGUUGGACACAGCAGCAUGAUCUUGGUCUUUUGAAGGCAUGGCUUGCAGGUCUUUUCUCUUGUCCAUGUAUUUUUUGGAGUCAUCAUAAAAUCUUUGAUUUUUUCUGAAAAUGUAAGGCCCGAGAAGGGCCCAAGAAAGCCUAGUCUAAUGUAGCCAAAAACACAUGCAGCCUCCAUUUUCUGAUGCUUUGGUUUGUCAUUUGGCUAAUGGAUGGUAUACAAAAUUGCGACCUGAGUUCUUUGGUUUAAAUAUGUAUGUCUGAGUGGAACUUAUCAUCAUCUUCACAUUUAGUAUUAUUACUGUAUUGGUUCUCA